UCUCCUCGAAGAUCUCAAUCUCAUUUCUUUUCCGCUUCGUUCCCGGUUAGACGCUUUGUUGGUCAGCUUCCUCGUCGCGAUCUAAGGGAAUAUAUCUUAAGCUACUGCUUUGAGGUCCUCCAAAAUUUGUGAACGGUUGCAGGGGCAGAUCUUUUUUCCUACUUUUAUCUGUUGUUUUGUGAACUGAAAAUGACAUAUGAAGAAGCUUUGAAGGUUGUAUUUCCCUUAUUGGAGGGUGUAGACCUUGCCUCGUGCAUGGCAGUAUGUAAGCAGUGGAGAGACAAGGCCCAAGAUGAUUACUUAUGGAAAUGCCUAUGUGCUAAGAGAUGGCCUUCAAUCUGCAAGCAGCCUAACCCCCCAACUUUAACGUACUACAAGCUGUAUCAAACGUUUUGUAGACGCCAGCAUCGUCGAACUCUUCUUCCCCCGAAGCUGUCCUUUGAUGAUUUGGAAUUUUUUAUUGACAUUUGGAUUGAAGAUAGGUUGAUAUUUUCGGAAGUAGUCCCAGGCCCUGUAUUAGAUUCUGGGAUCAAGACCCUUCCACCAGGAAUUUGUAACAUGCUCAGAUUUCACCUGGAAGGCCCCGAGUACAAGAUGAAACUUCCUGUUGAGCCAAGACUCACGGUUCCUCUAAGCCAGACUGUCAGUGUUUCGGUGCUUGUGGUGCGCAAGGAUACCAAGAGGGUUGCUUGCAUCAUUAAUAAGUCCAUCUUUGACUACAUAGAUCGGACAGCCUAUAGGGCCUUGGCAUUUGACUAUUUAGACUUCUCUCCUGUCCACCCCUUCAUUUCAGGUAUCCGGGCAUGGAUGUCUUUGCUUUUCAUGGAACAUGGAAAUGAAGUUAUUGAUGUUUUUGGGAUUGAAAUGGAUUUCUGUGAUGCUGCGACUUCCAAGGAAGAGGUUCUAUGGUUAUUAGACAUGCUUGAUUGGAAGUGAAUGAGUUGGACUGUCUGGCCAAGCAAAAGAAGAGCCAAACUGAGUUGGAUGGAAUAUAUAUGUACGUAUGCAUCUUUAUGGGUCCUUUACCAUGUGGAGAGCCCAAGGAUGAUAGUGCAGGCUCUCAACCUCCAGCAAAUACUUGGCUUGAGUGGUACUAUUUCGUUUGUUCUCUUGCCUGUUCAGUCUGUACAUACUUUUUUUCUAUUUUGGCUUUAAUAAGUAUGA